AUGGCUGCCUCCGACGGCAGGACCGCGCUGUUGGCGCAGCUCGUUAUCUUGGCCGUGUUCCUCUUCGCCUUCUACGACUUCCCCUCCAUCCUCCUCCGCUUCGCCGCCUCCUUCCUCGCCCCACCGCGCCUCUGCUACUUCCUCGCCUUCAACGUCAUCUUCAUCUCCCUCGCCCUGCUCUUCCACCACGACACAGCCUCAUCCUCGGCGUCGUUCGCGGACCCUUCCGGCUCUCCGAGCUCCAACGGCGACGCCCCUCAACACGCGUUCCAGGGCCCACCGCUGCCGCCGAUCACCGAUGAGGAGCCCUCCGGGGAGGAGGUGGUGUUCGAGGACAAGAAGGCGGUCAGGCCGUACGAGCACGACGAGAGCGGCUUGCCCCGAGCCAAGUCGGAGAACGUCAGGCGGCGGCAACGGUGGUCGGCGGCGGUGGCAGCAGAGGCGGGGGCGGCGGCGCCGGUGGAGCUGGUGACGGACGACGAAGAGGCGUUCUGGCAGGCGGUUGGGCAGGCGGUCGAGGUGUUCAUCGCGAAGCAGCAUGCGCAUGCCCGGUUCCACCACGAGGAGUCACUGAUCGCCCGUGCCGCCGCCCGCGGGGGAGACGGCCCGGCGGGGCAGCGACAAUCAGUUCUCGCCGACGAGCGUGCCGCCAUACGUGGUGGAGCAGGUGAAAGCGACGACAGAGGUGGAGAUCGUCGCGAGCAUCCUCUGCCGAGCGCGCCUCCAGCGCCGCCAUACGUCCUUUGGGCAUGA